UGAGUCUCCACGGUUCUCAUGGUGUGUUUAAGUGCAGCCCCCUGCUCCGAGCUCUUCAACAGUCCAGUCUCACUCUCGUGUUGUCGUGAAGAGGAACUAAACUUCAGGAGGAAAUGGCAGAAGUAGCUCCAGUUCAAGCCGCCCCGGCGGCCAAAGCAGCCAAGAAGAAGGUCUCUAGACCGAAGAAGACUGGCCCCAGCGUCAGAGACCUCAUCGUUAAAGCUGUGGCCGCAUCCAAGGAGCGGAGCGGCGUGUCUCUGGCCGCCGUCAAGAAGGCUCUGGCUGCCGGAGGCUACGAUGUGGAAAAGAACAAGGCCCGCGUCAAGACCAACAUCAAGACCCUGGUGGCUAAUGGGACUCUGGUCCAGCUCAAGGGGACCGGGGCCUCCGGCUCCUUCAAGGUCAGCAAGCAGGCUGCAGAGAAGCCGAAGCCGGCCAAGAAAGCCGCUCCUAAAGCCAAGAAGCCCGCAGCCAAGAAACCCGCAGCGGCCAAAAAGCCCAAGACGGUGAAGAAGCCGGUAGCCGCGAAGAAAUCCCCGAAGAAGGCAAAGAAACCCGCAGCGGCCAAGAAAGCAGUCAAGAGCCCCAAGAAACCAGCCAAGAGCCCCAAGAAGGCGACUAAGGCUCCCAAGGUGACCAAGAGUCCCAAGAAGGUGGUCAAAAAGGCCCCUGCAGUCAAGAAAGCUCCCGCUAAGAAGGUUGCCAAACCCAAAGCCAAGAAAGCAGCACCCAAGAAGAAGUGAGCUGUUCUCAGUCUGAACAAACACUCCGAUUAAAAGGCUCUUUUAAGAGCCACCCACAUCAUCCUUAAAGAGCGAUUACCUGUUUAUUCUUACUGUUGACAUUAACUGCAGACAUAAACAUAAUAUUAUAUUUGGAGCUAGGAGGAGAAAUAAACUAGGGCUUUUCACUUA